AUGAGCGUCAGUGUCUGGGAUCCCUCGCCGUCAUCGACCGCGGCCUGGAAACUGGCUUUCUCCCUCGUGACGAAAUCGCUGAGGCGGCAGAAGCUGAUGCGGAAGCAGAAGAUGGACACCAAACAGGAGGUUCAUCAGUUCAUUGAGCGGAUCGUGCACCAGAUGGUCGACCGCGCUGUUGACACAGCAGCUGGUCACGGGGCACGGAUGAAGCUCGCAGGCUCUCUCGCGACGGUGACUUCCAAACGAAGAGCCGUCAGACGACUGAGGCAACAUGCUCUCACCCGGCGCACCCUUCGGGCACAGCGCCGGGCCGGGCAGCUCAGUGCCACGGCCGCGCAUCUCUCCACGGCCAGCGGAACUCUCCGAUCCGUGCAGGACCUCAAGCGCGAUAUCGGCCCCAUGCGGCCUUUGUUAGGUUCGGGUACCGUGCCAGCACUCCCGGCCCCGCCGGGCGCGUCCUCAAGCAUGAGGCUUGGAGCCUCUCCGAUGGGAGGGACCCAGGCCUCCCCUGGCGCAACCGCGAGCCUGCGACUGGGAGCCUCUCCGAUGGGUGGAACGCAGGCAUCUUUCCAAGGGAGGGACCCGAUGGCAGAGACCGUGAUGUCCAUGUCGCUGUCGCCGGCACAGACACAG